AUGGUUCAGAGGGUAGUUUGGGGUCUCCUCCGUCUGACUCAUUCAUCCUUCUGUUGACCUCGUGGACUGAAAUAUGAAAUCUCUCUUGGAACGGUCCACUGCAUCCGUCAGACGUGUCAGGGUGGUGCGUUAUUCCAGCCCACCCACCUCUUGGGUCACAGCUGCGUCCAUCGGCGUCAGUGGCCAAACUCUGGAUUACUGGAACGCAGAGGGGACGAGACUACAAGAGGGAAUUCUCCCGUUGGCUCGUCGUCUUCUGUGCUGAGGGGUUGAGAAGGAAAUGCGCUCACGCUUACGCAACAGACCUGGGAAACACAUCUGACUCAGACGCGCAGCCUCUGCGCGCUUCGCCAUGGAAAACCUGAACUUUACGCACGGAUCUGCUCCCGGUAAUUCCACCUCUGCCCGGACAAACAUUGCUUCGCCGGUUCUUAUGUUCGCUGGUGGCGCAGUGGGCAACUUGACUGCCAUCGUGGUCCUCUCGGUGUCGCGACAGGAGAAGAAAUCCUCGGCUUUCUACACGCUGGUGUGCGGGUUGGCGGUGACGGACCUGCUGGGCACCUGCUUGGCGAGCCCACUGACGAUAGCCAACUACCUGGACCGGCACGUGCUGAAGGACAAGCGCGUCUGCGACUUUCAAUCGUUCUUGUUGCUGUUUUUUGGUCUGACCGGACUGAGCAUCAUCUGCACGAUGGCAGCGGAGCGCUACGUGGCCAUCUGCUGCCCGUACACCUACCAGCGCUGGGGGGUGAACCGCUGCUUUGCGCAGAAGUUCCUCUUCCUGAUCUACAUCUCUCACAUCUUCUUCUGCUGCCUCCCGAUGAUGGGCAUGGCGAAGAGCGCGCUGCAGCUGUCGGGGACCUGGUGCUUCAUCGACUGGAGGGCGCAGGAGCGCGUGGCGGUCGCCUACUCCGCGCUGUACGGGGUGGUGAGCCUGCUGCUCAUCCUGGGCACCAUCGCGCUGAACCUGGCGGUGUGCGGGACGCUGCUGCUCAUGCGCAGGAGGACGGCGCACAGGCCGGUCACCAGAGCCAGCGCCCGGCAGAGGUGGAAGGCGCUGUCGUCGGCCGCGGAGACGCAGAUGAUCGCGGUGCUGGUCAUGACCUCCGUGGUGGUUCUGACCUGCUCAGCCCCGCUGGUGGUGCGAGUUUUCGUGAACCGCUUCAAAAUCGACCACAGAGCGGAUCUGGCUGCCAUCAGAGCCGCCUCCGUCAACGCCAUCCUGGACCCCUGGAUCUACAUCCUCCUCAGGAGGUCCCUGCUGCGACGCCUACUCAGUCUAAGCAGGAGACGCAGCGCGGCUCGAAGCAUUUCCCCCCCUUCACCACAGAGGAAACUGUUGUGUCCUGAUAUGGGGGCCGAUGGCCACGUGUUCACCCAGUUAAUGUGCAAUGCAAACAUCAUCACUCAGCUGCCUGCUACUGUCAAAUUCAACCCCUGUAACUCAGAGAGUCUCCACCAGACUUUAAGCUCCACAGACUUGGCACAGCAUCCGUACGGUACAUGAACUUUUGCUGCAAACAUUGGAGCUCUAAAAGUCUGACGGACAGACGGAGACGUUUGCUUGGGUGGAUUUGCAAGAGACCCUCAGAGCAACUGAGUAAAAGGAAAUAUUUAUUGAAAUCAAGAGUGUUGACAUUACCGAGUUCAAAAACGGACACAGUCAAGGUCUCUGAAGUGCAAUAAGAAAUUACGAAACCUUUUCUUUGCAAAUGAACCUGCUUUUUUUUUUAAACAGGCCUCUCUUGGUUUCCUUUGAUGGAACCUACAAGUAUUUUCCAACUUGUUCCCACAUUUGUCCAGAGGGAUAUAAAAAGUUUAAAAAGUCCACUUAGAAUGGAGGCUUAAGAUUCAGUAAAACAUGUUAUGUUUUGAAAAAGAUGAGGGAUUUAUCGUGUUGCACAAGACUGAGAUGGAAAAGGAAACCACUGAAUAUGCUAAUUUUGUACUAAAAUAUGUGUUCUGUUGAUUUUCAGUGUUUUGCAUUUGUGAAACCACUUUGUGGAAGCUCUUAAAAAUUGUUUUGACCACUAAACAGCCUUCUUUGACUGACUCUUAAAUGCUUGUUAAAGCUAACACCACAUUUGCAUGGCAGCUACAAAUAAAACAUUUGAUUCUUUUCUCACCCGGACAUAAAAAUAUAUAUGCGCUUCAGUCUGUGACCACUAGAGGGCAGCAUUACAAGAAACUGCGCACAAAAUAAGCUUGUUUUUAGUGUCUAUCCUUUAGGCUCACAUGAAUUAAGACAGAAACUAUAAGCAUAAAACCACAAUAUCAAAGUAUUAUUCAGAAAAACAACAGAUAAUCGAUGGAAAAUUGGUUUAUUUUAUGGAUAUUUCAUUAUUUUAUUCCUUUUGAAUUUAUUGUGAAAAUUAACCAACAGAAAAGGGCUCGUAUGUAGAUACGUUUACUGUCGUUUUCAUAAAAAAAGACAUUUCACAAGUUUUGUUUUUCAGAAGACAUUUAUAUCCCCCCUUUCCCCACCCAAACAUUUUUAAAAUAUUUACAAAACUGAAGCGGACACAACUGUGUGCAUCUGCACCUCUGUACAACAUGUUUGUACAAUGACAGCAUAAAUAAAAAUCUAUAAACAUAGUUUAAGUUAAAAACUCUGUUUUAAGAUCCAUUUAUGACGCACAAAAAUAACUGUACACAUUUUACAAGAUUUUCUCCCAUUUUUACACAGUCCAUCAUUUACACCCCGUGUAGAAAAAAAAUGCUCUACUACAAAAAAAAAAAAAAAAAAAAAACAAGAAUCUGCAUUUGCUAUGUAUACACAUGUCCAGUUAUCCUCCCACAGAAAUGAAAACAUUUCCUGAAUCCCAGCUUUAAGUGAAUUAUCCCUCUCCCUCCCCUCAAACAAGGCCUCUGUCCCCUUUGGGCACCAGCAUGAAAAGUAGAACAACUCUCUUGGCAAUAUGAGGAAGGACACAAAGAAAUGGAAGGGCAGCUAAAAAAAAAAAAAAGAAGUACAGAUAAGAUGGAA